AUGAAAAUAUUGUUCUUUCUUGCAUUAUACGCAGGCAUAGAGUCUCUUGAAGAGGAUGACCUUCGCAAACAUUAUGGUUUAAGUUUUUACAAUAAAUGUGGAAACUACGUGAAGAUAUUUAACUGUCUAACGGCAUGCAAGAGCCUCGGUUACCAAAUAUUUCGUCUGAACCAUAAGUGCUCGUGCAGUUGUCAUGAGAUGAAGACUUCUACGUUUCUACCGUUUUUUAUGUGGAGAACAAAUGGAACCACGAGAAAGGUUCCGAAGACGAAUGCUCCGAAACUAUAUCAAGUUGUUGGUACAUUAUUUCCACCAGAGCUUUUGUCAUCUGGGGAAAUAGAUACUACCACGGUUGGGAAUAUAACAACCACUAGAAGUGAAACUAACCAUACCACUAUUAGUGAUUCAAUCGAAAAUAGUACUGUUAAUGAUGACUUAAGUGGAACUAGAAGAAAAUCAAUUCUUCGUUACGGCUUCCACAGAACAUCCGAAUGUUUGAAUUUCGAAAAGGCCUAUCUAUGCAUACAAAAAUGUCUAGAUUUGAAAUAUGACAUUGCAUAUGCAGAUAAGAAAUGUUAUUGCACAUGUUAUGCUAAAAAAGACAAAGCAAAGUACACAGAUAAAUCGGGGAUUCAGGAAAAAUGGAAAUUAGGUGCGCCUACGACAAAACUACCGAUAUGGGCUCAGAAAAAAGAGAAAGAACCGGAAACGCAUUUUGAAGAUGAUAUUGAAUUGGAUCAUUUAAGCGGAAAUGACACAUCUGUUUCUGGAAAUCAAACGAUUGCUGACAAUAUCAUGGAAAAUAAAACUAGUGUCUCAAGUGAAGUUUUAAGUGAAAAUAGUACAGCUGAACCUUUGUCAAAUUCUACAGAUUUAGUCGUUAAAGCCACAACAAUAGAUGAUAAUAUCGCGGUUACGACUGUUGAUGCAUAA